AUGUUCAAGCGUCUCGCCACUGUUGCCCCUCGCGUGGGCUCUGUUGCUACUCGCAGCACUCUCUCUCCUCUCGCCAGCCUGCAAUCUACCCAGCCCGCUAUUCGCCGCACUGCUGCUCCCGUCCAGCGCCGUGGAUACCACGAGAAGGUCCUCGAUCACUACAACAACCCCCGCAAUGUGGGAUCCAUGCAGAAGGGUGAUCAGGAUGUUGGCACUGGUCUCGUCGGUGCCCCCGCUUGUGGCGAUGUUAUGAAGUUGCAGAUCCGCGUGAACAAGGACUCCGGCCGUAUCGACGAUGUUGUCUUCAAGACUUUCGGAUGUGGCAGUGCGAUCGCUUCAUCGAGUUAUUUGACCGAACUUGUUCGCGGUAUGACUCUCGAUGAGGCCGGCAAGAUUAAGAACACCGAUGUGGCGAAAGAGUUGUGCUUGCCUCCCGUCAAGCUCCACUGCUCUAUGCUCGCUGAGGAUGCCAUCAAGUCUGCCAUCGCCAACUACUACACCAAGAACCCCAACACCCGCGUCACAGAUCUUUCCGGAACAGGUGGUUCUAUUCCCGAUGUUAAGGUCGAGAUGGAGCAGACUGCUUCCAGCCCUGCUGCUAUCUAA